AUGAAUGCUAGUUCCACGGCUCUGUGGCUUCCCAAUGCAUCCUUGCCAUCCUCCUUGGAAACAAGCUCCGAUAUAAACAGACUCAGAGACACUCUUAAGAUCGUCUUCUACACGGUUGUUUUCCUGUUGGGUUCCUGUGGCAAUGGAGUUGUGAUCUGGAUCACUGCCCGCCAGGUCUCACAGACCGUCAGCUGCGUCUGGUUCUUCAAUCUAGCUCUGGCUGACUUUCUCUUCUCCGUGAGUCGUAUCGCACCUCUUGUUGCGGUGAAGAAAGGUUGGGUCUUUGGAAGCUUUGCGUGCAAAGUCAACGGCUUCAUCAAGUACCUCAACAUGUUCUGCAGUGAGUUUCUCUUGGCUGCCAUCAGCAUGGACCGGGCCGCUUGCAUCGCCCACCCGUUAUGGGCCAGGAAACACCGUAACAUCCGCUUGGCAUGGCUUGCAGCCAUCGGAGCUUGGCUCACGGCCAUCGUCACCAGCAUCCCUUUCUACCUUUACCGUAAGGUGGACACGAAGAAGAACCAAACCAAAUGCUUGGUGAUGCUCACGGGAGAAAAGCCAGGCGUGCAAGUGACCAUCUCCAUGUUGAGACUGAUAUGUGGGUUCUUGGCACCCUUCACCAUCAUCGUGAUCUGCUACGGCAUCAUCCUGGUGGUGCUGAGGAGACGCCAGACCUCCCUCCACUCAAAGAAGUCCUUCAAGGUCAUAUUUGUCCUGGUGGUCACCUUCUUCCUCUGUUGGUUGCCCUAUCACAUCAUCCAGCUCCUUAAAUUGGCAGGAGCGGAAGGCACGGCCUUCUCGUUUACUGCUCUUUUUGCCGCGUUCUUGGCCUACCUUAACAGUUGUGUAAAUCCAUUCCUUUACUUCUUCAUGGGCAUGGACUUCCACACAAGUUUGACCCUCUAUAACAUCAUCAGGGCCCUCAAGAGAACUUUGUUGGAAGAGAACAGCUCCAUAAAGCGAAAAUCCAACAGCAGCAAUAAAGGAUCCUUUUCGACAAAUGAGCAAGCAAAAUCCUCAGAAAUCUCUUCGUUGAACUGUGGAAACUCAAGCCCUCAAACAUGA